AUGAUAUGUGCCCUUUCCGGUGAGGUGGUUAAAGAUCCUAUAGUGUCACCAAAAAGCGGUGCGGUAUUUGAACGAAGAUAUAUUGAAAAAUAUGUUUCAACAAGUGGAACUGAUCCCAUAAAUAAUCAACCAUUGACAUUAGAUGAAUUAAUACCAAUUAAGUUGGAUUCGGCACAAUCACUGUCACCUCAUAUAGUCCCACCUAACCCGUCUGCAGCUACAUCUAUACCUAGCUUGUUGGCCACAUUUCAAAAUGAGUGGGAUUCAACAGUUUUGGAAAUAUUCACACUCCGAAAGAAUAUACAGAAGUUGAAAGAGGAAUUGAGCGCGGCGCUAUAUAGACAAGAUGCUGCGAUGAAUGUUGCCGCAAAGGCGAUACGAGAACGAGAUGAAGCAAGGGAGGCCUUGGAGAAGUUGGCUCUUUCUUUAGAGGUAAAGAGUGAAGAAGAACAAGAACAAGAAGAAGAAGAAGAAGAAGUAAAAAAAUUGAAGUUGAAAGAUAUUGAAAUCGCGAGAGAUGCAUUGUUUAAACUACACAAGUCGCAAAAGGUGAAGUUUCCCUAUGCCAGUGAUAAGUUUGAAACUGUGAUUCAGGACACUUUUGAAAAAGUGUUUGGAGAAAACAAAGAAGAAAAAAUAGAGAAUGUAAAAUUAGUUUGUUUUAAUAACGAAAUCAAGGGAGUAGUAGGUGUAAAUGGAAGUAAAGUGAUAUUGAAUACCCUAUCGAGCGGGACAAAUGUAUGGGACACAGGAUUUGAGUCGGUUGAUUUAGUAUGUGUGAAUAACAACAAGACUAUUGCCGUUGCUUCUAAGAAUAGACUAAAAUUUUCCACCAGCAAAACCGAAUUGAAAUUGAAUGAGGAUCCCGAGCAAGCUCUGGAGCUGAAUCUGGAAGUAGGAAGUAUCACUCAAAUUAUAGCCCACCCUACUUUAGACCUUUUCAUUGUUUUCACUCAAAAAUCAUGGUUCAUAACUGAUACUCAAUCUAUACUAUCAAAAAAUUCUGUUGCCAAGCCUUUACUGUUCCCUGCCAUUCAUGGUGAUGGAGAGAUAUUUGCUGCUUUUGACGGCAACGAAGUGAAACUUUCAAGUCUUGUACAAAAGGAUACUUUAGCCGUUUUCAAACCAGCUCAUAAACGGUUGACUCAGUUGAGUUUUGCGUCGAAUGGAUAUUGGUUACUUUUAUUGUCAGUCACGGCUAAACUUAGCACUAUACAAGUUUUUGAUUUGAGAAAAGACAUUGAAGCUAAUAAAUUAGAGUUCAACUACGUGGUUGACUCUUUCUUUAUGGACCCAACUUCAAGUAUGAUUAUUGUGAAACAUGGAAACCGCUUUACCAGUUGUGUUUAUCAAAAGAAGACUCGAAGUUGGAAAAAUCCAGAAAAAAUAGAUACCCUGGAAGAUAACCUACAGCUUUACUCAACUAAAAAUAAUGUGGAAAAAGACGGUGUAGUAUAUUUAAUGUCAUACCACUCCAAAAGUGACACUUUAAGUACAUUCAAGUUGGUUAGCAAAUAG